UAUUCCAUGCGCAUGGAAUCCGUCAUAACAGAGUAAAUAUAGUUAUGUAGUAGUGGGGGAUUUGUAAAGAAGAAAGAGGAAAACUGGCGGGCAGUCCCGUGUGGGCGACGUUUCGAGGCCGCCCCUCAGUCCCAGUUGAUGGAGCUCAAACGACAUUCAGACAAAGAGACGAUCUGCUAUUCGUAAUUCAAUCUCUCAAAAUAAUUUUAAAAAGUGCAAUAAUUAUUAUUUUCUACUUCGCCCUGAGUUACUUGGUAACCACGAAGAAGCUCCAGGUUUCCUCAGAAACCAUCUGUUGCGCCGUUCCUGGGAAACAACUAGUGCUAUUGGUGUUUUGUGGUUGACAUGCUCAGCUCGUGACAAUCAUGAAGAGAAAAUCGGCUGCUGUACUGAGAUUAUUUACCAAGCAAUAAAACCCUCAGCUUCAUUGCAAUCCAGAAGUAUCAUCUAGAUCCGUAAAGAUGAAAAUAAGAAGUGUAAACACUGUUCGUCUUCUUCAUAAGACUUAAUGAAGUUUUAAGUACAAACGAGAAAAAAAAAGUUGUUCGACAAUGAAAUUAACUCCAUAACACAAACAGUCGUUCUUCAUUGAUUGGCGGAUGAGUAAUUCCCGAGUUAUUACUCGCAUGUAACUCAAGAGACGACAAGAAAUGAAUACUUUCGUUAUUCAGCUGUACUCAUAACUUUUUGCCUUGAAAAAAAAAAAAUCCACUCAACUGAUAUCAGACGACUUCUCUUCUCAUCGAAAGAGCCAUUGUCCUCUGUCAAACUCACUGAACCGAUCAAAAAUUGGAUACAAUGGAGGUGAAGCCGAUUCCAAAGCCUCGAUCAACAUUGAACAGUCAGCCUGUGCCAGCUCCACGAACUCACUUUCCCCCACCGACGGUCCCUCGUUCAACAAGUCCCUCUUUAUCCACAACAUCCGAAAAAAGCGAUGGAAAAUCAUCAUCGGAGUCCCGGGGCUCGAGCUCCGAGAAAUCUCUGUUCCGGAGUUUUGGAAGUUCUUCGAGACAGCUGAAAGAAGAAAUAUCAGAGAAGAUGACAGUGAAGGGUCGAGCAGUGAUAUCGAGUACGAGAAACGCGAGUAUUCGUCUGGAGAAAUCAGUGAAGAGUCUCUUAACACGUAGACUGACAUCAAGCAACGAUCAAGAUUCCACUGAUGGUACCAAAAAUAAAGACGAAGAGAGAUGCGUGUCAAUGCCAGUGUGCGACGAUAUUUUCAGUUCAAUCUCGUUCUACAGCCCCUUACAAUCAAAUUUAAAGUCCAUGAGGAACGAAGAAGACCUCACCGAAGCCCGAUACAGUCCACCCCCGCCUGUAUACCCACCUCCACCACUUCCGGAUGAAUCCAUAUACGACGAACUGCAGUCUGUGACAUCCGGUGGCAGUAGUAGAUAUGACACCCUCAGUUCCACAGUCUCGGAUCGUCUUCGCGAGGAUUCUGAUGGCUUUGGCUUAGUGAAUAUCUCAGAGAACUGUAAAAGUGACUCGGACCAGAGUUUGGAUCUCUCUGAAGCACCUGCAGACGUCGUUAAACGACUGUCAAGGUCAGACUCAUGGACUUUUUACCAUUCAACACCUGAGAAAGGUCCGGUCGACCGAGUUGUGGAGAAAAAUGUGAGAGAGCUCAACGUAGAAUCGAAAGAAACCGAGAAUCACGAUAUCGGGAGAAAGGAAUGCGAGGAAUCGAAAGAACCCGAAGUGUUGACACCUCUCACCCCGGCUAUAAGUGUUCUCUCAAUCAGAAAUUCGUUGUACGAAAAUUGGACACCAAGAGAUGUCAGGGAAGAUGACAGCAACGUGAGCAGCAAAUCUGUCCUCUUUGAAUUCGAUCCAUUUGCCAAAAGCGAUGAAAAUACUUAUGGGAAUUAUGAGAACAAUGAUUUGAUGCUUUUGGAGGCACUGUUAGCCACUAGUGAGCCACCGAGUAGCGAUGGGAGUUUGGCGGAUCUUCAAGAGCAGGAGACUGAAUCUGAUGAACAUGAGAACGAGGAGAAAUGUUUUGCGCCUCCGGCCGUUCCUAGACGUUACGAUUCUCUGCCUAAGCAUGAGUACGAUGAGGUGGAGAUAGUGGAGGUACCGCAGGUGUCCGGAAAAGUGAGUAAGAGCCCUGCACUCCUGCCCAAGCUGGCGAAUUUAGCAAAGAAGAAACAGCCAGCUGUCCCGCCCAGAAAAUCACAGGCUGAAAACACCCAAACGACUUCAGGCACUUUGGAAACGCCUGUCAAAUCUCCAACCGAUAAGAUAUCAUCAGUUAUGCAGAAAUUUAGUGUUCAUGUUAGACCAAAUGUCAUGAACUUCAUGAAAAAUAAAAAAUUACUGCGUGUCCGGGGCGACAGUGAGAAGAGAAAGGAAAGUGAAGGAUUGAAGAUGAGAAGGCCCGUUAUCGAGGAUCCAGUGGUCCCUGUUUGUCACAGAGGCAUGGUUUAUCGACCUGGUGUGGGAAUGGAGAGAGCUAGAGAUCUUGUCGUACGAGCUGCUGUCUUGAGUGACCAGAAAAUUACUUUUUACGCUGAUAAAGCAAUGACCACGGUCAAAGAAACACUGCCACUUGAUAGCAUCCAAAGUGUACAUCUUCUCCAGGAUGUCAAAGUUGUUGAUGGGGAAACAGUGCACUGUAUAGCGGUGAGCACCGAUGGAAAGCCGAGUAUUCACGUGUUCUAUGCAAAAAGCAUAACAGAGAGGCGAAUUUGGGCGCAAAGAAUUUUGGAAGCCCUCACUCCCGUUUUUCCGAUAAAAUAUACGUCGGACUUGACUCGAGCUGGAUGGGCUUAUCUCAAGGAAGGAGUAUCAGGCUCCUGGUUCUCAGCCUGGAUUCUACUGCAGCAGCGAACCCUAAUCUACACCCGUGCAUUCAGCCCAGUAGAAUUCGAAACCCUGGAUCUGAGGAAAGCUCGAUGUAUUUUGCUGAGGGACCAGGAAGGGCCAAUUUCCAGCUCCGGUAACAUUCCUGUGGUUGUUAUUGAUGGGGGGCGUGCAGCUCUCCAUUUAACGGCUCCAGGAAACAGAGAAGUUCCUGCCUGGAGACAUGCCCUUUAUCAGGCUGCUACCACCUGUGGGCCUGCUCUUCAUGAGCAACAGCUUACUCAAGAGAACGUGCCUGUUAUCAUCGACAAGUGCAUCAAUUUCAUCUAUGCACACGGAAUAAUGUCUGAAGGAAUAUACAGAAAGGGUGGGUCAAGCAGUGCAGUAGUUCGACUACUGGAAACAUUCCGAAAAGAUGCGUGGGCAACGCAAAUCACUCGAGGGUCAUAUUCUGAGCACGACGUGGCAACUGUACUCCGCAGAUUCCUUCGAGAUUUGCCAGAUCCACUCCUGCCCGCUAGUAUUCACGAUCCCCUCUGCAGAGCCAUCGACAUUUGUGGUGACGAGGAGCGUGCAACCGCUUACAGGACAAUACUUUUUCCUGUUUUAAAUCGUGUGUCUGGUUCAACAUUGAGGCGGAUAUUAGCACAUUUGCAUUUUUUGAGUCAGCAGAGUUCCAAGAAUUUGAUGACAGUAGAGAAUAUAUCUGCGGUGUGGGGCCCGACCUUAAUGCACGCUGGCGGAAAAAGUGCUGAAGAGUGGAAUAGAUCUGAAACGAUAGUUGUUGGCGAUUUGAUUCGACUUUAUCCCAAGUUGUAUCAACUAUCAGCUGCAGAUUUGAUAAAAGAGGCCAAGAUCCUUGAAGUUUUGGAACGUCAUCAUGCGUCCAAUAAUGGCAUGCGAAGUGCUCCUUCUGGGGACUUGAAAAUCUGGAUUUAUUUAUUUGAAAAGGAGGGCGAGUGUUGCAAUGUCACGAUUGGGCCUCAGAAAACAGCUUCAGACAUUUGCAAGGAAUUGGCAGGAAAAACUAAAAUUCCAGCGCAUGAAUUGUCACUGGACGAAUCUAUUCUUGAUGGAACUCUUCAGAGACCACUUCAUCAUGCUGAGAAGGUUCUUGAGGUGGUGGUCAGGUGGGGCUAUUGCGAUCCAGAGGAUAGGAAGGAUAAUAUACUUAUUCUGAAGAAAAAUAGUCUCUACAGGGAUAUCGUUCCGAGGAUAAAGCCACCCAUGACGGUAUCUGGUGAGCUCAAGUUCGCUGACACCAAGUCAAAAUAUUUCAAGAGUCACACGUUCGAGUUCAGCCAGGCGAAAUUGCACUGUUAUAAGGACAAGGCUUGUGCUGUCAAACUUCAUGAGUGGAAGAUUGAGGAUAUCAUAUGGUACUUGGGACAUGAACCUAAGAGAAAUCCGCAAACCGGAUGGUCAAUUACGUUUAUAGUGAAGAACGAAGAACGAAUGAGAACUAAAGACUGUCCAUUCUUCGGCUACACUCUAGCUGGUGCAUCUGUAGUAGAUCAAUACAGAUGGCUGGCUGCAAUGUUAUUUGGUGAACACCAGAUGGAUCUUUUUCCAUCAGCUGUCAACUUAAUGGAUCCAUAAUAUUCCAUUCCUCUACCGUUCAAGUAAUUCUUGUACCUCAUAAGUGAAUUUAUUGCCACUUAUUUUAUUAGAAAUUUUUUAGAGUAUAUUAUAUACACAUAUAUAUAUAUAUUUUUACAAUACAAUCAUGUUUUUGCCUGGAGAGAGGUGUUUUUCACGUAUUCAAAUUCUGUAUGGAUUUUAUACAGAGCUCAAUUGAAGUUCAUUGAGAACACCAAAGAUUGUUUUUUUAUCAAAAAAGAUUGUCUGUGAUUGGCUGAGGGAUCUAAAGACGCAACAAGUAUUACAUUGGAUUUUAGCUUGAUAAAAAUAUACAACAAUAAAUGUUAGAGAUUCAUAUUUUAAUUGAUUGAAGGAUGUGAUGGUUCAAAUUGAAUAAAAAAAAUAAAAUUACAAGUAAAAAUUGUU